UACCUCUUCACUCUUUUACCCUUGUAUCCUUUCUUUGUCACCUAGAGAACUAUUCCUCUUUCUCUCACGUCUCUUUGUUAAUGACCUUAGUUUCAUGACCCUUUUCUUCCUUUAUUUUUAACCACAAAAAAACCUGCAUCUUUCUAAUAUCCAAUAUUUCAUUUUAUCAAUAUGGAUCCGAUCAUCACAUCUCUAUCGACCUCCUCAGAUACAUUUCACAAUAAUAAUCUCAACGAAACAGAUCAAUCCCCCACUGCCAUAGGAGGAGCAUCAUUUUACUACAAAAAGGUCAAUGUACCUCUGAACUAUCCAUCUGAAGCGAUCAGCGCCCCAAAGACUUAUGUCUAUCCACCUCUCAUGUCCCCCUCCGAUGAAUACUUCAGUCCUCAACAACAUAGUGACGCAACAUCACCCACAACAACGUACCCUCCUCAGCCCAUCAAUAUCCCUCAGAGUCAGGGACAAAGGCAAUGGGGACGAAGUAAUAGUAGGAGUAAUGCACGACGAAAUAGCUUACCUGUGAAGCCAUUCUCUUCAACACCGAUGGUGAAGCCAGGUUCAAUGCCUACUCACCCAGAACUUGACUCAUACAUGCCAUCGCCUCCGACAUCACCUUGGAAAGAUGCUAGAGUCAAUGGUAAUAAAUUCACGAAGCCAGCUCGAUCAGCGACUACGACGACAUUGAUCCUAGAUGAAACGCCCUAUCCGGAUCUCCCGUCAGACGUGAGAUCCUGGACGAGUAGCCAUGUAGCUGAGUAUUUAGCCUAUACUUUGCGGCUUUAUCCACGAGCUAUCACUGAGGAUCUAGGGCGAUAUUUCCGACAGAGUGCUAACUUGACUGGAGCACAAUUUAUUGACCUGCGCGAGGAAGAUUUAGAGCGCAUGCAAAUCAACCUCAAGUGGCGUUCCAUGAUCCUCAAGGCUGUGGGGAUGCUCCGACGCGAGACGCUCCGUGCUAGUCGUAUUGAUGAAAUGAAUUGGGAAGAUGGAUACGAUCCUGAGAAAGAUGGGCCUAUGCCCAUGCCUAUGACUGUGCCUGCUAGCUCCAGCUCAAGCUCGGAUGAAGAUUCCUCACAUUCCAUUCCUCACACCCCAUCCACUACUACAGAGCCAGAAGCCACGUAUAGCCUGGAUCAAUUAUCGACUACAACUACCAUUAUCAGUACCUCAGAUAUGGCCGAUCCAAAACAGGUCUCCACUGCUGAACAUGACAGGUCCACACCUGUGAUUGACCCUCAGGAGCUACGCCGUGGCAUUGUGGAGGACAUCACCAGUGUACUGCUUUCAUGGAAGAAGGACCAAGAAGAACGAACCAAGAAAGCUCAAGCCAAAUCGAACGGGGGUCUUGGAUUCAUGGAGGGCGUCGUUAUCGGAGGCCUGAUUGUCGCCUUCAUGAUGCGCUUUUCGCGUUAAAAUACUAGUGUGCUACAAUAUGUGAUAAUCUAGUCUUUUCUCAAUCGUAUUUUUUUAUUUCAAUUUGUACAUAAAAGUACCAGUCUCCUA